UGAAGAUCCUUAUGGAAGGCAGUUCGUUAAUCGAAAUUACGUUAACCGAGGUGUUCGUUAAACGAGGGGUCAUUGUACUUGGUGCUUUGAUUUUGUGAAAUUUGAUUCUUGCUAACAAAACAUACUCGUAUAUGGUGUACAACUUCAAUUUGUUGCUAGAUGUACUUCCCCUUGCAGUUCUGCUGGAUCUGCUUCAGCAGUUUAGGUUGUAUUGCUUCCACCCACUUACCAGAUUACUGUACACACACUCCCAGGGUCACAGAUGACUCAAUGCUUUUGUAGUGACUGAAGAAUAAUAUAAUAUAAUGUACAGUAAUUAUGUAAUGUAAUACCUGUAUAUACCGUGUAGUUAACAAAUGCCUAUAAUUGUUGUAACUAGCCAUUCUGAUCAUGUAACUGUUGUUGAGUCGGUUGGCUGAACUUGGUUCGAGACUUGAGCUGAGACAGCUUCUCUCAGUCAGCUGGUAUAUAUACUCAUGGGCGACCUCGGAACUACCACUCGCUCUCGCUCCGUGCUAGAGCACAGUUCUCCUAACCACAUCAAUAAACUGGUAGAUGUAGCCCGAGUUUUCCUGGACCAAAUACUACAUUGGUGACCCCGGAGUGACCGAAAAGACGCAGCCCUGUUACCAUGUCAGUACCAGGCACAUCCGGUGCUGCUCCAGCUGCCGACGACACUGCUGUGCUGUCUACCGUCGCCCGUCCUGCUGUUCAGGCUUUCAUUGGCUCUGACCCGAAGCUUUGGCUACUGCAGCUCAACAGCUACUUCACGGCAUGCCGAAUAACUGCAUCUGCCACAAAGUACCACCAUGCCGUGUCGAUGCUUACUGCCUACUGUCGCCAUGGAAGUACGCGACAUCCUCACGGCACCCCCGACGGAGGAGCCUUUCCAGAAAUUGUGUAUGGCGUUACGGUCGAGGCUGGGCGCAUUGUCUCGACAGCGUAUGCAGCAGUUGUUAAGGGACAAAUUCCUUGGCGACCAUAAACCUUCCCAGCUCCUGCGAAGCCUCCGCCACUUGCUCUCCACCACCGGCACCACAUCGGAAGACCUUCUCCGUCCGUUGUUCCUACAUUGUUUGCCAGCCAAUGUUCAGGCAGCGCUAUCCAUAUUUCCAGAGAACACCUCAUUGGAUGUCAUUGCGGAGUCUGCUGACCGCUUCAUGGAAACGUCUAGUUCUAUGACUGUCAGUGUCUCAUCUGUGACACCAGCACCACAAACCUCUCCUACCUUGGCUCCAGACUAUUCAUUGCUGUCUCCACAGACCAAGGAAAACAGGCAGCCGGUCACAGUGCCAACCUAUUUACUAGACGCUCUCAUCGGUGCCCUAAAUUCUGUCCAGAUAGCGUCACGGCCUCCCUGUGAAUGUCGACACCACCCGGACAGCCACAGCGGAAAUUCAAAGCAGCGUCACCAGCAGCGGAGCCGAUCACCCUCGCCUGCAGGCGGCAGAUCGUCAGGACAGUCCAACAACCUGUGCUUCUACCAUCGCCGUUUCGGUGACCGGGCCCUCCGUUGCCAGAUGCCCUGCUCCUGGUCAGGAAACGAGUCGCCCUGGUCGUGAGCGUGGACACCACCCGGGAGCCAGAACCUGGCCGCCUCUUCCACCUCACAGAUCGCUGUACUGGUAUGCGCUUCUUAAUCAACACUGGAGCGCAGUUCAGUGUCCUGCCUAAGCCCAGCGGCCAAGCAACUCCCAUAUCAGCCACCAAGCUAUUGGUGGCAAAUGACACCCGCAUCAGCACCUAUCAUUGGUGGGCACAGCUUAACGAAAAGUUAACUUCGCUAAUGCUAAACCGCUAAAAAAAAUUAGCGGAAGCUAACGCU